ACCAAUGUUCCCUUGAACGUCCAACAACUAGCACACUGUAGAGAAUAAUAACAAAAUGGUGGCUUUUCUCAGGACCAUAAGCGCUGCCACCGCCAUUGCUGCUGCUGCUGCCGCUCUCUCCUCCUCCUCCUCUUCCUCGUCUUCUCCUCGUUUUCCCAUCAAAUCCAAUAUCCCACUCCCCUCAUCGCUUCCCCUUCUCUCGAUAUCCAGGGCCUUUGCCGCUCCAAGGAAUCCAAGCCCCUCACUUGCCGCCCUCCGGAUGGAUUCCGUGGCCACCGAGCUCAAGCCCUCUGACCAGCAGGAAGCUGGGGAUUUGCCGGAACUUCUGACUGAAUUUAUGGUGGAUAUGAAGUGUGAAGGUUGUGUUUCUGCAGUGAAGAAUAAUCUCCUGAAGCUUAAAGGUGUGAAAAAUGUUGAUGCUGAUUUAAGUAACCAGGUAGUAAGAGUUCUUGGUUCUAUCCCUCUGAAAAAUAUGGUUGAUGCUCUGGAGCAGACUGGUCGAAAAGCUAAAUUAAUAGGGCAAGGCAGUCCUGAUGACUUUCUAGUCUCUGCAGCUGUUGCUGAAUUCAAAGGCCCAGAUAUAUAUGGUGUCGUACGCUUAGCUCAAGUAAACAUGGAAUUAGCACGAAUAGAAGCCAGCUUCAGUGGUUUGUCACCUGGGCAGCAUGCAUGGUCCAUAAAUGAGUUUGGUGAUUUAACUAAAGGAGCAGCAAGCACUGGAAAGGAGUUCAAUCCUGCAUAUAAUGCCUCUGAAAAGCCACUGGGUGACCUGGGAACAAUUGAAGCUCUUGAGACGGGUGAAGCUCAUUUCUCCGGUGCCAAGGAGAUGAUAAGAGUUGCCGAUCUCAUUGGCCGGGCCAUUGUUGUUUACGGAACUGAAGACAAAUCAGUUCCUGGCAUAGCAGCUGCAGUUAUAGCAAGAAGUGCCGGAGUUGGUGAGAACUACAAGAAAAUUUGCACCUGCGAUGGUGUAACCAUAUGGGAAUCAACCUGAGCAUCUCUGCAGCCAAUUUUACCGAAAUUUGAAAACAAAUCAUGUACUUUAUCAUGCCAAACUUCUGGUCAGGGUAUUUGGCACAUCUUUGUUCAAUGUAUCUAUGCACACAUAUAACUCAUUGUCUCUUAAAUAAAAGAUGAAAUAAAACAAACUAUGAUGAAAAA